CUGCGCAUGCGCACUAGGUGCGCAGAAACCACUUCAAUGAACACAAAGAAAAAUAUAUUUUCGGAAAAAGAAGAAAAUAGUUCUUAUCCAAUGUGUAGCAUACUCUAUUAUUAUUAUUAUUGUACCCCUAAUUAGAAUAUUCUUGUAGGGAUUGGUGAGUUUUUUUCUUGAGAUAAGUUCUUGCAUGCCUUUUCACGUGAAAGAGACUUUAUAAAGAGUUCAGUCUUAGAAACCUCUGGCACUUUUAGAAGCGAAAAUAAACGUAGAGGAAUUAUCUGUAGUGUCCGACAAUUAUAGUAGCCAUUAAAACAUGGCAGCAUACACAUUACCGGAGGGAUUCUCCGAUUUUGACAUGUUUGCAUUCGGUUCAGCUCUUCUUGUUGGGGGUCUUCUUGGAUUCUUCCUCAACGCCAUUUCAAUAUUGGCCUAUAUUAGCGUAAAGCAAAUGCGAACUCCCAGUAAUUUUCUUGUGUUUAACCUUGCUGUGGCUGACAUUAUGCUCAAUAUAACCGGCCUGAUCGCUGCUUACGCCAGUUUAUUUUAUAGUCACUGGCCCUGGGGCCAAGACGGAUGUAGCAACCACGCCUUCAUGGGGAUGACAGCAGUUCUGGCCUCUAUCAGCUUCCUGGCUACCAUCGCCUGGGACAGAUAUCACCAAUAUGUCACCAAUCAGAAGCUGUUUUGGAGCACGGCCUGGACUAUUUCUAUCGUUACCUGGGGUUUGGCUAUCUUCUGGGCCGCCGUCCCUCUGAUUGGUUGGGGAGUUUAUGACUUUGAGCCCAUGAGGACCUGCUGCACUCUAGACUACACCAAAGGAGACAAGGACUACAUUACCUAUAUGGGGGCCCUGACUGUCUUCUACCUUAUCCUCCCUGCUUAUGUCAUGAAGUCCAACUACGACGCCAUUUACGCAUACUUCAAGAAGAUCCACAAGCACAGGUGGAACACCAGUUUACCACUGAUGGUUCUGUUGUUCUGCUGGGGACCCUACGAAAUCAUGUGUAUCUACGCCUGCUUUGGCAACGCCAGACUGGUCUCACCAAAGCUGAGAAUGUUGCUUCCUGUUUUGGCGAAAACGAACCCUAUUUUCAACGCGUGGCUCUAUUCCUUUGGGAACGAGUUCUACAGAGGAGGGGUGUGGCAGUUCCUGACUGGCCAGAAGUUUACUGAGCCGGUCGUUGUGAAGUUAAAAGGAAGAUAAAGGAAGUUUUCCAUUCUGACAUUCUAAUUCUAUGGUUACACUACUGUACAGGCCAUGGAAUUAGAAUGUUCCAUUCUGACAUUCUAAUUCUAUGGUUACACUACUGUACAUGCCAUGGAAUUAGAAUGUUCCAUUCUGACAUUCUAAUUCUAUGGUUACACUACUGUACAGGCCAUGGAAUUAGAAUGUUCCAUUCUGACAUUCUAAUUCUAUGGUUACACUACUGUACAGGCCAUGGAAUUAGAAUGUUCCAUUCUCACAUUCUAAUUCUAUGGUUACACUACUGUACAGGCCAUGGAAUUAGAAAGUUCCAUUCUCACAUUCUAAUUCUAUGGUACAGGCUAUAUCCAAACAACAUCAUCAUCAUGGACUCUCAUUGCAGUAGGUUUCACAUUGGAAGAAUGGUAUUUGUACAAGGUGGUGAGCUUAAUGUUAAUUGUUUAUUUAGCUGGCUUGGGAAACCAUGGGUCCAAUGUAGCUUGUCAAUAGCGGUAUGGUGGCUGAGUCUUCAUUCAAAUAGACUUUGGGGAGAAGCACCUGUGAUUAGAUUGAAUGAUGUCUCAUGAUUGACUAGACAAAGGGCACUCAGUGACCUACGUUGUAAUACAAAUCCCACAGUGCUCUUAAUGCCAUGUUCAUGCUGAGUGAUUUGAAGGUAAUACAACCAGAGAUCAACUUAAAGGUGGACCAAACUUAAGGUUCAGGUCAUGUUAAUGUAAUACCGUUUUUUAUUUUUUAAUAGCCAAUAGCUUUACUUCUAGAAGUCUCCCUGAUGUAUCCCUCCAAGCACUGUAAUAAACACAGCAAGGUAUUCUGCCAUGCAGCCGCUCUUCAAUCUGACUCCACUGACCUUACCUGGAAAUGGUGUGAUUCUCAGCAUGCCGCUGUACCUGUACAGCUGUAAAAGGAUGAGACUUCAAAAAAGAGCUAUACUCUACCACACCUGGGUUCAAGUACUAUUUGAAAUCUUUAAAAUACUUUAACUGUUUACUUUAGCCUGCCUGGAGUGCCAGAUGGGUGGGGUAUACAGUUUUAUGCUAAGGCAAGCUCAAUCAAGCCAGGAUAAAGUAUUGGAAAUGAUUUCAUAUAGUAACUGAACCCAGGCGUCAUUCAGCCAAGACAUUUCAUGCUAUGGAGGUUGUUGUAUAGUUGUGACCAACAAGAUUUAUUGGGUCACUUUUGGUUCCUGAGGAGUGUUAGGGAUGUGUCCCAAAUUACACCCUAUUCCCUAUUUAGUGCACUACUUUUGAACAGAGACCUGGCCAAAUGUAGUGCACUAUGUAGGGAAUAUGGUUCAAUUUGAAGUCUGAAGACAAAAGCCUUGAUGUGAUGUAACCUCUACACAGUAUAGCCACCAAUCUUUCUGUGAAGAACUAUUCUCUGUAGAUACUUAGUGUGGAGGCAGAACUAUUCUCUGUAGAUACUUAAUGUGGAGGCAGAUCUAUUUUCUGUAGAUACUUAAUGUGGAGGCAGAUCUAUUCUCUGUAGAUACUUAGUGUGGCGGCAGAACUAAAAGAAGCAGGAUCAUCCCUUUAAAGGAAGUGGAGAAAACCACACAACAUUGAAUCCCACGGAGGAAGUUUCUGAAUGACCAAUGGUCCCCAAGUUACGUAGUCUUACAUUACAUUACAUCCCCAUAUAGUCUGGAGUAAACUAGAUAUAACCUAAUAAUGUUUGGUGUAUUGAAUGUGUUUUUUGUUCUAUUAUAAUAAUAUGCCAUUUAGCAGACGGAUUGACAGUCUGACAGUGCAUAUAUAUAUAUAUUUUUUUAACAUAUUUGUACGUUCAAACCGUAAUCUUAGACUAUCACAUUGUGUCACGUUGUGUCGUUUUAACUUCGUCUAUCUUUGUGUAGCAGACGCUGGCAUGCAUAACCUUACGUAAAAUACAGUUAAUCUACUCCUU